CAUUCAUCCACCAAAAGGAGAGGCCAUUAGCUGAAAACCCUGGAAAACAAAGAGUCGAUGCCAUAGGCAGCACUGCCUCUCUGUGGGUGAUCCAGGGUUAUUUCUGUUUGUCCCUCAGCCUGCUCAAGCCCCGCCCCCUACAAUUUGCAAAGCGGAAGGGAAGUAGAGAGAGCGAGACCCAGUCUACAGCUUGGUUCAGCCCUUGUCUCAGAGAAGUCUGGCUACCGUUCUGUAAAUGGACCUGCAGUUUGUGAAUUUGUUAGUUUCACCGACUAAAGCAAGCACAUAAUAUCUUGGCUGGCCCCGGGCUGCAGGAUUUAACCUCUGUUAUAAAGAAGCGCAAUUGAGAAAGAAGCUGCCAGUACCCUAGCUGAAGGCACUGACAUACCUAGAGCUGUGCUCUGUGCCAAAACAAGUGCGUCUCCAUGGCGUGCAAGUCCAAGGUGGCACCCAGUGUAGAUUUUGACCACAGCUGUUCUGACAGUGUUGAGUACCUGACCCUGAAUUUCGGCCCAUUUGAGAGUGUGCACCGCUGGAGGAGGCUUCUUCCCUGUGACGAGUUUGUAGGAGCCAGGCGCAGUAAACACACAGUUGUAGCGUAUAAGGAUGCUAUCUAUGUUUUUGGUGGAGAUAAUGGAAAGAAUAUGUUAAAUGACCUUUUGAGAUUUGAUGUGAAGGAUUGUUCCUGGUGCAGAGCUUUUACCACAGGGAGCCCUCCAGCACCCCGAUACCACCAUUCUGCUGUGGUCUAUGGGAGCAGUAUGUUUGUGUUUGGUGGUUAUACUGGAGAUAUUUAUUCUAACUCUAACCUCAAGAAUAAAAAUGAUCUUUUUGAGUACAAGUUUGCAACUGGAUUAUGGACAGAGUGGAAAAUUGAAGGGAGAUUGCCAGUGGCUCGAUCUGCCCAUGGUGCCACCGUAUAUAGUGAUAAACUCUGGAUAUUUGCAGGAUAUGAUGGAAAUGCAAGGUUAAAUGAUAUGUGGACCAUUGGGUUACAGGACCGGGAUCUCACCUGUUGGGAGGAGAUUGAGCAAAGUGGAGAAAUCCCACCAUCUUGCUGCAACUUUCCCGUUGCUGUGUGCAGAGACAAAAUGUUUGUCUUUUCUGGGCAGAGUGGGGCCAAGAUCACAAAUAACCUGUUCCAGUUUGAAUUCUCAGAAAAAGUAUGGACACGCAUUCCAACUGAGCAUUUGUUACGUGGGUCACCACCACCCCCCCAGAGACGUUAUGGACACACUAUGGUGGCUUUUGACCGUCAUCUUUAUGUGUUUGGAGGUGCAGCAGACAAUACCUUGCCUAAUGAGCUGCAUUGUUAUGAUGUGGACUCUCAGUCGUGGGAGGUGAUCCAAGCCAGCCCAGACAGUGAGUUACCUAGCGGACGUCUGUUUCAUGCUGCAGCUGUUAUUGCUGAUGCCAUGUACAUCUUUGGUGGGACAGUUGACAAUAAUGUCAGGAGUGGAGAGAUGUACCGCUUUCAGUUCUCUUGUUACCCAAAGUGCACUUUACAUGAAGAUUACGGAAGACUGUUUGAGAAUCAGCAGUUCUGUGAUGUUGAAUUUAUUCUCGGAGAAAAAGAGGAGCGGGUGAGAGGGCACACUGCUAUCGUCACAGCUCGCUGUAAAUGGCUGAGGAAGAAAAUCAUGCAAGCUAGGGAGAGACAGAAACAAAAAUUAAAGCAGGAGCCAGAAGAUGAAAUGCAGAAUUCCCAGCAGAAAACAGAGAGUGCCUGCAGCCAAGUGAAGCUGUCCCGCUCCCAGCCAAUGCUAGAGGUCAUCAUCCGAGAUGCUGAAGCUCGCCCGUUUGAGUUACUUAUGCAGUUCCUUUACACAGACAAAAUAAAGUACCCAAGGAAAGGUCAUGUUGAAGAUGUUCUUCUCAUUAUGGAUGUUUAUAAACUAGCACUGCACUUUAAACUGUCACGUCUCGAGCAGCUUUGUGUUCAGUAUAUCGAGGCCUCUGUUGAUCUUCAGAAUGUCCUUGGUGUAUGUGAAAAUGCCAAUAAGCUGCAGCUGGACGAGCUAAAGGAACAUUGCCUGAACUUUGUGGUAAAAGAGUCUCACUUCAACCAAGUAAUAAUGAUGAAAGAGUUUGAGCACUUGUCAUCCUCGCUGAUAGUAGAGAUUGUCCGUAGAAAGCAGCAGCCUCCUCUUCGUAUUCAUUCUGAUCAGCCAGUUGACAUAGGCACUUCUCUGGUCCAGGAUAUGAAGGCCUAUUUGGAAGGGGCAGGGAAUGAUUUCUGUGAUAUCACUUUGCUGCUAGAUGGACACCCAAGACCUGCACAUCAAGCCAUCUUGGCUGCUCGAUCCAGCUACUUUGAAGCCAUGUUUCGUUCCUUUAUGCCUGAGGAUGGACAAGUGAAUAUCUCAAUUGGAGAAAUGGUGCCCAGCAAGCAGGCAUUUGAGUCCUUGCUAAGAUAUAUUUACUAUGGAGAAGUCAAUAUGCCCCCAGAAGACUCCCUCUACUUGUUCUCUGCCCCAUAUUACUAUGGGUUCUUCAGUAACCGAUUACAAGCAUACUGCAGGCAGAAUCUGGAGAUGAAUGUUACCGUGGAAAAUGUACUUCAGAUUUUAGAAGCAGCAGACAAGACCCAGGCUGUGGAUAUGAAAAAGCACUGUCUUCACAUCAUCGUCCAUCAAUUCACCAAGGUUGCAAAGUUGCCAAACCUGCGAUUACUGAGCCAGCCGCUGCUUAUCAACAUCAUCGAAUCUCUGGCCAGUCACAUUUCUGACAAGCAGUGUGCUGAGCUGGGCUCGGACAUCUGAAGCCACCAUUGGGGACCACAUGUGACGUCUGAUGACAUUUGGCCAAACUUCGUGCCAUUCCUCGUCGCUGCAAGUAAAUCUUCUUGUCGUACCUUAGAAAGGACUCUGCGCUGUGUCCAAAGCUGCUGUGAGUUACUCUGCAUAUACAGUGAAGGCAUCGGAGCACAGAAUUCCCAGUUACUGCCGCCAGUCUGCAUGUGAAAGCGCCUUUAGGUUUGCUGGGCAGUAGAUAUAAAUACUCCCCACAUCAUGGUUUGUACAGAUUUUGCUGCUAAUUUACUGAAUGUACUCUGUAUCACUCUACAUUAUGAUUAUAGCACUUUCUUACAUUCUCUUUCCUGCACACUAGGGAAUUCACAUAGCUGCCUGCAGAAGCUCUUAAAGGGAAAGUAAAGUGCCAA